AUGUUCGAACUGAGGCUAGUACAAGGCAGUCUAUUGAAGAAAGUUCUUGAAUCGAUCAAAGAUUUGGUGAAUGAUGCAAACUUCGACUGUUCGGCUACUGGUUUUUCAUUGCAGGCCAUGGAUUCAAGCCAUGUGGCCUUGGUGACCCUUCUUCUCCGCUCAGAAGGCUUCGAGCACUAUCGAUGCGACCGAAACCUUACGAUGGGCAUGAACAUGGGAAACAUGGCCAAGAUGCUCAAGUGCGCUGGAAAUGAUGACAUUAUCACUAUCAAAGCUGAUGAUGGAACCGACACUGUUACCUUCAUGUUCGAGAACCCUUCUCAAGAUAAGAUUGCUGAUUUUGAGAUGAAGCUCAUGGACAUUGAUAGUGAACAUCUUGGGAUACCAGAAACAGAAUAUGAAGCCCUUGUGAGAAUGCCAUCUGCAGAAUUUGCAAGGAUUUGCAAAGAUCUCAGCACCAUUGGUGAUACUGUUGUGAUAUCUGUGACAAAAGAAGGUGUGGGGUUCUCCACUAGAGGUGACAUUGGUACAGCUAACACUGUCUUGAGGCAAAAUACAUCGGUAGACAAGCCAGAAGACGCUACAAUUAUAGAGAUGGAGCAAUCUGUUACACAAACCUUUGCUUUGAGGUAUAUGAACUCCUUUGCAAAGGCCACCCCACUUGCAAGCCGAGUGACAGUCAGCAUGUCUUCUGAACUGCCAGCCGUAGUCGAGUACAAGAUUGCAGAGAUGGGCCACCUCAGGUUCUAUCUGGCGCCUAAAAUUGAAGAAGAAGAGGAAAUUGCAGGUCAAGCAGAGACCAGGACUAGGAAGGAAACCGAGUCUAGAUUGGAGAAGAAGCCUGAUGUGAAACCCGUGCUUCUUGAAGAAUAUGAACCUGAUGAAGAAAGCAAGAUUAAAGUGGAAAUCAAGCCCAAAGUGGAAUCCGACAAUUAUACUCUUGUUGAAACCAAGCCUAAGGUUGAAUCUGACGAGUAUACUCUUGUGGAAACCAAGCCUAAAGCAGAAUCUAAUGGUGAAUCCGAAGUUAUGGAGGUUGAAUAGUUGGGUUUUUGUCGGAUUAUGAGUAGGAAGUAUCCCUUUAUUCUCAUAGAAUGGCAGUUGGUAUCUUAAGAGUGAUUGGUAGACGAUUCAAAAACCUGGACCAUGGUCAUGUAUUUUGUCUGAUGAAGUCAUCCAUGUCUUCUACUUGUGCACAAUGGUAGUAGAGAGGUGAAGAGUUGGGAAUUAAAUCGGCCAUAUCUGGAGUAGGUAUCUGUAAAUAAUUUUCUUUGAAUCCUCCAUCGGGUAUUCAGUUAAUCAACAGAUUUCUCUCCUUUAGCUGAAUUAUAUAUGCAUUUUUCUUGGCA